AUGUGGGUGGAUCGACCUAUGUCAAUCGCAUGCUUCUUCGACUACAGUCCUGGCCACUCGGGGACUUGGGGGGUACUCAACCUCUUGAUCACCAUCAGGGUGGUCAUUGCCAAAAGCAGCUGGUCUAAACUUCCUUUGCAUGCAGCCAAUCUGUACGGAACGGCCCAAGCUCAAGGGGGGCGCGCAGGCAUCGGCAUCAAAGCUCUUGAGGAGACCGUAGCUUAUGCACCGCACACACUCAUAGAACUCGCCUCCCAAUUCCAGUGA